AUGACGCGGGCACGUGUAUCACCGCACAUGUUGACGCUCGUAAAGUGUGGCGAGAAAGAGAAAGAGCGAGCAAACACGCACACAAGGCGUCGCGCGGCGGCCGGGAGUGGACGGGGACGACGCGUGCGUACGUGCGUACGUGGGUGUGCGCGAGAGUCUGUCAAAGUCGACGCCGGUCGCCCACUGCAUACCGACGGAACCGACUAGGACGCAGAACCGGACGUUGUGGCAGCUACCAUUGUGUUUUCGGCGUGGGUGUAUAUACAUCGCGAAUACAGUGAGUGGAGAUGCAGUCCCAGGGCAGCACGUCCUCCCAACCCUCUUUCGACUCCCUGAGCUCCAGCGACAGCCUCCUGUUCAGCGACUCGGACGACACAGACGUCUUUCUGACCGACGCCGCCUCUUCGGCCCUCCUGGACGCCGCAGGGGGCCCGUCAGCCACCGUCGCCAGCCGGGCGUCGGACAGCCCCGGGUCUCAGUGGGCCUGCGACGGUUUCACCGACAAAGAGGAAGAGGAGGACGGUUACGGCUCCGGCGUCAAGGCGCCUCCAGAGGUUCCCAAGUCGGAAGGUGACCUGCUGUUUGCUCAGAAGUGUGCUGAGCUACAAGGUUUUAUCAGGCCCCUGCUGGAGCUGCUCAAUGGGCUGAAGAAAGGCCGAUUUGACCGCGGUUUGAGUAGUUUCCAGCAAAGCGUCGCUAUGGAUCGCAUCCAACGGAUCGUGGGGGUUUUGCAGAAACCAAACAGCGGGGAGAAGUACCUCAACACGCUCCUCCAGGUGGAGAUGAUGCUAAAGCUGUGGUUUCCUCAGAUCUCCACUCUUCCAACGUCGGCCGCCUCCAGCGUGGCCGCGUCACCCACCCACACCCUCCAAGACGCGCCAGGCGCCACGCCACCGCACAAACACAGGGAUCAGCUGCACAUCCCAGUGAAGAAACGCCGACUCAGCUGGACAGGAACUGACUCUCCGACGCCGUCUCCGGGCCUCCUGAAGUGCCCUCGGCUCAGUUCACAAGAGAAGAAGAAGCAAGGUGACAGUGAUGAAGAAGGGGGCGAAAAAGAUGUCAGACCCCGCACUCCGCCGUCAUCGUCUUCUCACCAAAUUUCUGCAAAUGCCAGUGUCUGUGCAAAGGGAAACAACAGCGACUGUGAUGAGUCCGGUAAGCCGUCAGAGUACAAAACGGGUCGUGGGUCCGAGCCUAGCCUCACGUGGGUGCACGUCGCGCCCAUCCUGUCACCGCGGAAGACGGGCACGUCGACAACGGCAGGUAGCGGCACUAAGAACAGGACGAGCCCAGCAACGCAAGACAGCGCCGUCUCCUCCACCACGCCUUCCAAGCACAGCAAAAAUCUAAAGAAACCCCCACGCUGCCAAAGCCAAGCUGCCACAGAUGAGCAAGGUGACACUUGUCAGGGUCAGAGCCGGGUGGGCCGCACUUCCUCGGAGACCUGAGAGGGAAAAUGGGACAAAACUGGGGGAAGUGUAGAACACCUCGAGAGGGAAAUCAAACGCGUGUUGAUAAUCACAAAUAGUGUAAAAAAUGUGCAAAGAAAUGGCAGAAGAUCGUAAGUAAAUUCAAGGCUUAAAAAAACAAAAAAAGAUGCCUGAAUGGACCACUUCCUGUCACGAGAGGAAGUCGCUGGUAAUGUAACCUUGUACGGGUUGUAGAUAGACAUAAAGAAAAAAGGAUAAGAUGUAAGGAAAAAAGGAAAUCCAGUGUACACAAGGAUGCAUCCGCAAUGUACCGUGGCGCGUUUAAAGACAAUGGAGAUUGUUGGAAGAAAGGAAACUGUCAUCAACUUACGAAUGUAACUCAAGAACAAGUAGCUGCGCUCCAGGAGGAUCACUGGAACUGCUCCCACCGUUAAUUUAUUCGUCUGUUGAGCCGACACUGCAUUUAUUUAUUAUUCUUUGUAUUUAUUUAUUGGGCAGUCGAGGAAAACACAAAGGCGGUCAACUUUUUUUUUUUUUUUUUUUUUUUUUUUACACGAUGUUGACAAAGUGUUUUCCUUUUCAUCAUCAACAAGAAGGAAGUUUUGAACUGUCAGACUACUGUGCCUUUUACCAAAUAGGAUGUGUUUAUUUUUCAAAAGAAACAAUUGGUGCUUGAGUGCAUUUUUACUGCAUUUUGAUUGUUUACUUUCACGAAAAAAAAACAGCACAUCUUGACAGUAGUCACCUGUACCUUUCUUCAAACAUAAUGGCAUCACGCUCUCUCGUUACCCUAAUAGCAUAAUUGCCUCAGUCAUGUUUAGAGAAAAAAAAAUCUAGGGUUGCAAGGAAGUAACACUUUAAUAAAUCAAUUACCUUUCUUGGGGAAUUCUAGAAAUUAGGAAAUUUACUGCUGAAAGGGCACAAUUUCCAAGGAUUUGCACAAUUUUAAGUAACAGUUGUCAUGAAAUGAUGAUCACAAUAGUUCUUUAUUAAUUUGAUAAUUGAGGGGUACUGUUGUUGAUUAAAUGUUUUACAGCAUAGUUGCACCCUAUUUUUGAUGUAGAUAUAUGAAGAAUAAGUUCAAAAGGACUUCAACAAUUACGCUCUCAGGCCUCUCGCUGCCUGAUUGCAUGAUUGCCAAGUUAUUUUUGAAUGUUUUUGGAAACCAAAAAAAUGUGAUCUAGAUGAAAAGGAAAUGAAAAUCUACACAGGCAUUAAGAACAAAAGCAAGCAUGGUAAAAUGACUCGUCCCAAUUGUCCUCAAACUUAUUACACCGAGUAUCCUCUUGAAAACUACUUGGCUCUCCAAGUUACACCAUCUGUACUUCAGUAAUAAUUCAAUUAAUAUGUAUUGCAAAUAAGUAAAAUACAAAUUGUACUGCGAUUUUGUUUGAAAACAAACUGAUAGAUCCAAUGAUCAAAUACAGACCAUAAAGAUCAAAUAGAACUAUCGUACUUCAAAGUUAAAUGCAACAGAACUUAAAUGCACUGAAUUAAAUAUUUUGGCAACUGUGACAUGCACGGAUGGACCAUUCAAUUGAGUGAUUCUUUGUCUCGCGACAGGGAGCACAUCUACCAAUAGUGAGACUCCCACCACACUUUAGAUAAUGAAUGACUUGGGCAAUUAUGCGCUUAGGCUAACAAAUUCUGCCAAACACCGUCUCCAGGUAUAUUCUGUAAACAUGCCUCCAUCUUGUCAGCAGAGGCUUCUUCUGCUAGCCUUUUUUUUUUUCCUUACUUAUUUUCCCCUUUCGGCUCCCACCCAAAUUGAGGGACCGAAGGGGCCGCACACAAGGGUGGUGCACUGAGAAACUUGAAAUGCUACAAAAAUGUCAACAUUAGGGAGGAACUCGUCUCGACUUGCACCGACCCUUCCUCUGCUGCUAUUCUGCAUCGGAAGCACAGAGUAGUAUGAUCUUAGAGGAGGGGGGUCGGCCGAAUGACCAAUUCAUGCAAACCUGUUGUAAAUAUUUCUACUAAGCUAUUUUUCAAACGAUUUCCAUUGAGCGAGGACGUAGCAGCUUCCAGAGCCACAGAAAGCCUCCAUUUCCAACCGCCUUUAUUUAACCUGGAUUUUUUUUAUUUCAUUUUUCGUUUCGAUUUUAAUCAAUUUUUUUUGUUUUACAUUGGGUUUUAUUUCGUUUUUUUUUUUUUGGAUUAUUUUUCUUUGAAUUUCUCCUUUUUUAUAUGUUUUUUUUAAAUACAUAAGUGUUUUUCCAUUAAGUUUUAUUUUUGGGGGUUUGAAUUCAAAUUCUAUUAAUUUUAUUUAAAUUAGUUUCUGUUUUGUUUUACUCUUUUUUUACAUUAUCUGUUCAAUUUACAUAUAUUUGUUUUCCUAUUUUUGACUUUUUUUUAAUCUGCAGGGUUAUUUUGUUUUUCUGCAAUUUUAACAACUUUUGUUUAAUUAUUAUCAUUGUACUGUAGGUCUAUUUGUUGAUUAUUGUUUAAUUUAUUUUGAAUUUAUUUUUUUUUUCAAAAUGUUUUUUUAUAUUUGAUCCCAAUGAGGCAUCUUCGAAGCCUUACAAGUCUGAGAAAGACCUUUCCUGUUAACAUUUGACGCUCCAGACUCCUCAUCAGAGUCUUGUUUGUGAGGAAGUGAGUGUGUGAAUUUUUUUCUACGGCCAUGGUGUGACCGGAUUGCACUUACUUUUUCAUGUACGUUUUUCUACUUCAUCGACGAGCGGUUGGGAAAGAUUUGGGAAUCUUGUAGCCUUCCUUCUUGUUCACAACUUGUACUGUUCUCCUUUGCCCAGCACCAUGCUGUCCUUGCCCUCCCGUCAUCUCCUUCAAUCUUGUUAGUUUUCUUGUCUUUAGCUCACUCUUACUCUUAAUCUUACUCUGGCUACAUUUUUUCAACAACCACGUGACAAAAGGAAAAUUUUUGAAUAAAUGGCAAUUUUUAAAAGCUCAA